ACAACAACAACGAAAACAACAACAACGAAAACAACAACAACAACAAAUGAUUAAUCGAAAUCCACAACAAUCGAAUAAAAAUCGAAUCAUAAAUUUUAUGACAUCGAAUGCAAUGCAACAUCGUCCCGGUCCUAAUAUGAUUGUGUUGAUGGAAAUUCUUGAAAAAUAUGAUUAUGUUCUUGAACUAUCGAAUGGACAACGAAAAUUUAGUAAACAACAAUGUUCAAAAAAUGAUGAUUUACCUGGACCAAAUACAGAAAUAUUUGUUGGUAAAAUACCGAAAAAUAUGUUUGAAGAUGAAUUAGUAUUAUUGUUUGAACAGAUUGCACCAAUCUUUAGUUUACGUUUAAUGAUGGAUCCAUUAACUGGUCAAUCACGUGGUUAUGCAUUUAUAACAUAUUUUCAGCCAGAAUAUGCACAAGCUGCUGUUGAAACAUUUGAUAAAUAUGAAUUACAAACAUAUGGACAACAAUUAAAAGUAAAAAUGUCUAUACCAAAUGUACGGCUAUUUAUUGGAAAUAUUUCCAAAGAAAUGACUAAAGAUGAUAUUAGAUAUGAAUUUCAAAAAAUUACAGCCGGUCUAGUUGAUGUAAUUGUUUAUCAUUUACCAAAUGAUCGUAAACGUAAUCGUGGUUUUUGUUUUUUGGAAUUUGAAUCACAUAAACAUGCAUCACAAGCAAAAAGAAAAUUACAAUUAAAUCGUCCAAUAAUAUGGGAUUCAGAAAUAUGGAUUGAUUGGGCUGAACCAUUAGAACAACCGGAUGAAGAAAUAAUGUCCAAAGUAAAAGUUCUUUAUGUUCGUAAUUUAACAUUAGAUAUGACUAAUUAUACAAUUUGGGAAAUGUUUGAAAAAUUUGGUCAAAUUGAACGUGUAAAAAAAAUCAAAGAUUAUGCAUUCGUACAUUUUAAACAUAGACAUUGUGCUAUUGAAGCAAUGAAACAAAUGAAUGGCUAUAUAAUAAUGCCCGAACGAUUACAAUUGGAAAUAUCAUUGGCAAAACCACCUACAUAUAAAAGACGUAAAGAAGAAAUUCUUCGUAAUCGUGAAAAACGUUUGAUGAUGAAUAUGAUGAUGAGAAAUUGUAAUAAUAAUUAUCAAUCAAAUAUCGAUAAUCAUCAUUUUCAUCAUCCUGGAACAUCAUUACAAGCCAUAACAUUCAUACAGCCAACAACACCGUCUAUACCGAUUGGAACGAAUCCAAUUUUAUUAAACUCUUGUUCUACAUUGCCUUCUAUUGUUAUCGAAAAUGGUCUUUCAUUAUCAUCGUCAUCAACAUCAUCAUCAUCGUCAACUUCGAUAUUAACAUCAACAUCGAAUCCAAUACUUCCAUUAACAACACCGGCAACAUCGACAACAUCAGCUCAUCAAUUAACAAAUUGUAAUGGUUUUCUCGUUGGUUAUUCACCAUCAUCAUCAACAACAACAUCACAUCAUAAUCAUAAUCAUCAUUAUCCAUUAUAUUAUCAAUCAUCAUCAUUACCACGAUCAACUGUUGCUCGUGUAACAUUAUCAUCACCAAUUAUUGAUGAAAAUAUGAACAUAUCGACAACAACAACUGAUCGAUCAUUAAUUUCAAAUGGUAAUCAUCAAUAUGAAACAGAAAUAUUGGAUAUUUAUAAUAAUCAACAAUCA